AUUAUGGUUACCUGCACCACGAAAACCUGAAAAAAUUUUUAAUUUUAAUCCAUAUGAUAAUUGCAUAGGACAUUUUUGGAAUCAUCGAUAUGAAAUAGGACAAAAACAAAUUUCAAUUAAAUGUUAUCAUCUUAAACAUAUUUAUCCAUUUGUUGAACGAUCCUAUAAUCAAUCAGAUUCAAUUGAAAUUUUAAGAACAAAUCAUACUAUCAUUCAUACUAUUUUUUAUAAAUAA